AAUUACAAAAAAUAAGGUACAAUUAUUAGCCAAUCCCCAAAAUGCGUUGCCCUUACUGUUCCUCCGGGCAGGGGCGGUGCGCCACCACCAGCUCAGGCCGGAGCAUCACUGAGUGCGCAUCCUGCGGCCGCGUGGUGGAUGAGCGCCAGACUCAGCCGCACCACCUCUUCCACCUCCGCGCUCACGACACCCCUCUCUGCCUCGUCACCUCCGACCUCCCCCUCCCCAAAACCCUCACCGACGACGAAGACCCCUUCGAGCCCACCGGCUUCAUCACCGCCUUCUCUACCUGGUCCCUCGAGCCCUACCCUGUCUUCGCCCACUCCUCCCUCUCCUUCGCCGGCCACCUCGCCGAGCUUGAGCGGGUCCUCGAAACGACGUCGCAGGGCACCGCUUCGGGCCCCUCCGUCGUCGUUGAUAACCUUAGGGCUUAUUUGCAGAUUAUCGAUGUGGCUUCCAUUCUCGGAUUGGAUUGUGAUAUAUCGGACCACGCCUUUCAGCUAUUUAGGGAUUGCUCCUCCGCCACUUGUUUGAGGAACCGUAGCGUUGAGGCGCUCGCCACCGCCGCGCUCGUGCAGGCCAUCCGAGAAGCUCAGGAGCCGAGGACCUUGCAGGAAAUAUCGAGCGCUGCAAAUCUACCGCAGAAAGAGAUAGGGAAGUACAUCAAGAUACUUGGAGAAGCUCUACAACUGAGUCAACCUAUUAAUAGCAAUUCAAUAUCUGUACACAUGCCGAGGUUUUGUACACUUCUCCAGCUCAACAAGUCUGCUCAGGAGCUGGCAACACACAUUGGUGAGGUUGUGAUCAACAAGUGCUUCUGCACACGCAGAAAUCCAAUAAGCAUAUCUGCAGCUGCUAUCUAUUUGGCCUGUCAGCUGGAAGAUAAGCGCAAGACACAAGCUGAAAUCUGCAAGGUUACGGGUCUUACAGAAGUCACGUUGCGGAAAGUUUACAAAGAGCUAUUGGAAAACUGGGACGAUCUUCUCCCAUCAAAUUACAAUCCGGUUGUUCCUCCAGAGAAAGCGUUUCCAACAGCCACUAUUUCUUCUGGGCGCUUAUCAUCAUCUAGAGGUGAUCUAGUUGAAGGAACUCCCCUUGAAAAGCACACCGAGAGCAGGCAUACAAAACCCACUGAAACGUUAGGCACAUCCCUUCAGACCAAAGGCAAAGAGAGUGCUGCUUCUGAAAGCAAAGAGAGUUUCCACAGAGCCUACAACCAAGCAAUGCUUGGAACACCAUUCUGGAAGCCCCAGGUUCCUGUUGGAAUUUCUUCUACUCAGAGACCCGAUUCGACUCAAAAUAUGGAAAUUGAUUUACAAUGCAAUAUUGGGGAAGAUAAAAGAUUAGAUACAGAUGCAACGGCUGCUUCUAGCUCCCUGAGACACGCUCAGUUUCCUUCUCCCCCUGCUUUAGCUGCUGGUGUUGUGCCGUGGCCUUUUCAGCCUCCAACAACUGCAGCAAUGCAGUUUAUGCAACUUCACAAGGGAGGAUCAGAUUUGGUAGAUAAAGGGUUUAUGCCACCAAAUAUAAAUGAUAAGUUCAAUUAGUAUAGCUUAUUGGUUUCUGUACUUAUAUAUAUGCUUCAAAAUGAUGCGGCCAUUGUAUAAUUGGAUUGGGGGAUUUGGAUCUGUAUCUUGGCAAUAAAGAAACUACUGGACGAAGUUUUGGUCUAA